UCCGCGCGCCAGUGCAGAGCGGCGGAACCACGUAUCAUGUAAAACCCUAACACGCGCUCCUGUUUACGUUCUGAACUAGAUUUCUGCUUGUACGCUUCCACAGCAAACACUUAAUUGGAGGGAAAAGGGAAAUCUCCUUGAAUGGAUUCCAGUCAUGCACUUGAAUAAAAAGAAAAUCCCUCGCUAGAGAUCUCAAAACAUCCAGCAGCUUCUUCCUACCAGGUGAAAAUUCAAACACAGAUUUUCUGUUUUUUCUCAUGUUCUUACAGCAAGCAGAAAAAAAAUACUUCCCCAUACCUUAGAUUUCUCAACCAACACCAGCGAAAUCCGAUCGAAAGGCACGCAUUCCCGGCUUCUGUCGAAGCAGCGAUGUCGGCGAAAUGGCGGGCUCUGCAGCACCGCCACCGUUAUACAUACAGCGCUGUCGUAUUUCCCCAAUCCUACGUUGAUACCCUAAAUCUCAUGCCUUGUGGAAUCUCUUCCCCGGAUUUCUUUGCCGAAUUGCGGGAGCUGAUUUCUCUCAGCUCCACUUACUCUCAAGUCACAGCCGUGAAGGAAGUCGCAUCGGGUUUCAGCAGCUUGCUUGGCAGCACUGACGUUGGGGAAGCCGUGUGGAACACGGCGGUUCGGUUGUAUGUGGAGAUUCUGUUCCUUGAGAACUCGCUCCCACUGCACCGGACUUUGAUUUCAGCUCUCGUGAAGAACUGUGGUUUUCGAGCUGUGAUCGGGAGCUGUUUCCAGUCGCUGUGUGAUGAAUAUGGUGUUAAAGGGAGGAAAGGAAAAAAAUUUUCGGUUUCUCGCGCGGCGCUGUCGUUGUUGAGCUACCCCAAGCUGGGCUUUUUGGUGGAGGCCAUUGAGGAGUGCUCAGUUUCAGUAGCUCUGGAUAUAGCUUUUGGCGUGCGGGCAGUGGUUUUGGAGAUUGAUGGUGGGUCCCGACCUUCGCCUGCCUUUAUGGAGCAAUGCCAAGAGGCUCUAUCUUGCUUGUAUUACUUGCUUCAGAAAUUCCCUUCAAAAUUCAUCCAUUUGAAGGACUGUCGGGAUUACUUGAUUCCCAAAGAUUCGGACAUUUUGGGGAUUGUUGUUGGAGACAUUUUAAGUGUGUUGAAAUCGUCGUCCUUCACAAGGGAUUGUUUGGUGGCUGCGGGUGUAAGCUUUUGUGCAGCUCUUCAGGCAUAUUUGAGUAAUCAAGAGCUUGCUGUUUUUAUAGUUGAAGGUCUUUUUGGUCGACCGGGCUGCAGUUACAGCAUAUGCGGUGAAGGUGAAUUUGAGGACUCGGGUUCAAAGAUGCUGUUUAAAGGGGAUUUUUAUUCGGAUAUUGGGGAUUUCUCAGAUUUGAGCCGUCUUUGCUUUCUGAGAGGGAUACUUACAGCUGUUCCCAGAGCAGUUCUCAACACUUGUUUUGUUGAAUCAACCGCUGGUUCGGAAGGUUUUGAUUUUCACAUGUCACAGAGUAGUUCUAUCUGGACCAUACUAUUCAAUGGGAUUUUGCCCGAGCUUUGUAACUUCUGCGAGAAUCCAAUUGAUAGCCAUUUCAAUUUUCAUGCACUGACUGUGACCCAGAUCUGUUUGCAACAGAUAAAAACCUCGCUAUUGGCAAAGCUUACCAAUCUUUCAGGGAAUUAUGAUCCCUUUCCUGAAGAGAUGGUGGGCCGCAUAUUGAGAAUAAUAUGGAAUAACUUGGAAGACCCACUGAAUCAGACUGUCAAGCAAGUACAUCUCAUCUUCGAUCUCCUCUUAGAUAUUCAUUCCACUCUUCGGUCUAUCGAGGGCAGCAACAAAACCAAGUCUUUCCUGCAGAAGACUGCUUCGGAGCUCCUGCGUUUAGGUGCACGUUGCAAGGGUAGAUACGUUCCAUUAGCUUCUCUUACCAAGCGGUUGGGUGCAAAGACUGUUUUAGAUAUGAGGCCGAACCUUUUGCUUGAGACGAUGCAUGCCUACAUUGACGAUGACAUUUGCUGUUCUACCACAUCGUUCUUGAAAUGCUUCCUAGAGUGCUUGAGGGAUGAAUGUUGGAGCAGCAAUGGUAUUGAGAAAGGAUAUAUAGUUUUCAGGGAGCUGUGCUUGGCUCCUAUUUUACAUGGGCUUGUUUCUGGGCUGCCGAAGCUCCGUUCCAACUUGAACACAUAUGCUCUCCCAGUCAUGCUUGAGGUGGAUGUGGACAGCAUAUUUCCCAUGCUCGCAUUUAUCUCCGUUGGACAAAGUGGAGAAGAGAGUGAAAUUAGUUACCCUGAGCUUGCUGGUGCUAACAUGGAUCUAACAGUUGACCAGCGUGUGGCUGCAUUGGUUUCUUUGCUUAAAGUAUCUCGUUUGCUUGCUUUGAUUGAAGGGGACAUUGAUUGGUACCACGGCUCUUUGAUGCUUCAAGAAGAGAACAAUCUGCAUGAGAAAAGUUCUGAUGCUUUUGCCCUUGUCUGUGUUAAGGGGAUAAAUGUCAAAAUCCUUGUGGAGUGGCUGGUGCUGGCAUUGACCCAUGUUGAUGACACUCUCCGUAUAGAUGCUGCAGAGUCAUUGUUUAUAAAUCCCAAGAUGGCUAGCCUUCCUUCCCCUCUGGAACUCAGCUUGAUGAAAGAGGCGGUGCCCUUGAACAUGCGCUGUUGCUCGACGGCUUUUCAGAUGAAGUGGACCAGCUUGUUUAGAAAAUUCUUCUCUCGUGUUCGGACAGCAUUGGAAAGACAGUUGAAACAAGGCUGUUGGAAGCCGCUUGCUCGUAAUGGAAGCAAUGAAGAUGGUAUUGAUAACACCACCAAGAAACUGGCAGUGCAGAGAUCGGAGGAUCUUUUCUGUUUUAUGAAGUGGUUGAGUUGCUUUCUUCUUUUCUCGUGCUAUCCUUCUGCUCCAUAUGAGAGGAAAAUCAUGGCCAUGGAACUCAUCCUAAUAAUGAUCAAUGUCUGGCCUAUAAUACCUCUUCCUCUGGGAAAUUCUUGUUCUGUUUCUCCUACCAGCUGUCUCUACCCUUAUACUGAAGGCUUUACCUUACCAGAUUCUACACUGUCACUUGUUUGUUCAAUAAUUGAUAGUUGGGAUAGACUGAGAGAAAGUUCUUUUCGCAUUCUUUUGCAUUUCCCUACCCCACUUCCUGGCAUUGCAAGUGAUGUUGCAGUAAAGGAUGUGAUUACCUGGGCCAAGCGGCUGGUAUGCAGUCCUCGUGUUAGAGAGAGUGAUGCUGGAGCGUUGACAUUACGACUUAUAUUUAGGAAGUAUGUCUUGGAGCUUGGGUGGGUUGUUGGUGCUUCUGUCAAUGUUUUUUGUUCUCAUCCUCAAUCUUCACCAGCAAAUGGAAAGUCUCAAAUUGAUAAAUUUAGGGCCCCUGUAAUAGAGUAUAUACUCUCUCUGGUCGAUUGGUUGCGUGUUGUUGUCGAGGAGGGAGAAAGAGAUCUUUCUGAAGCAUGCAAGAACAGCUUUGUUCAUGGAGUUUUGCUUACUCUCCGGUAUACUUUUGAGGAAUUAGAUUGGGAUUCUGAUAUAAUUUUGUCUAGUAGUUCUGAGAUGAGGCAUGCAUUAGAGAAGCUCCUUGAGCUGAUUAUGCGAAUCACUUCAUUGGCGCUCUGGGUGGUUUCGGCAGAUGCAUGGCAUCUUCCUGAGGACAUGGAUGAUAUAGUUGAUGAUGCUUUCCUAUCAGAUGUACCGGUUGGGAUGGAUCCGUCUGAUUCCUCAUCUGAACUGCAGGUCAAAAAUUCGAAACUUGAAGACAAUGUUAGACCUACUGAACAAGUUGUUAUGGUUGGCUGCUGGCUUGCUAUGAAAGAGGUGAGCCUUCUUUUGGGAACCAUCACUAGGAAAAUUCCGUUGCCAAGUGGCAAUUGUUCAGAUUCAUCCAAGCCUGGGGAUCCCCUUUGUGAGGCCACUGAUGAGUACCCGAAGGCAACAACCGAUGUAAUGCUUGAUUUGAAACAACUUGAAACCAUAGGGAACCACUUCUUGGAAGUCCUUCUGAAAAUGAAGCAUAAUGGUGCCAUUGAUAAGACGAGGGCCGGCUUUACAGCUCUGUGCAAUCGUCUCCUUUGUUCAAAUGAUCCAAGACUUUGCAAAAUGACAGAGUCGUGGAUGGAACAACUGAUGGAAAGAACUGUGGCAAUUGGGCAAACAGUGGAUGAUUUGUUGAGAAGAAGUGCUGGAAUUCCUGCUACAUUUAUCGCUCUAUUUCUUUCGGAGCCUGAAGGAAUUCCCAAGAAACUGCUGCCACGGGCAUUACGUUGGCUAAUAGACGUUGCAAACAUGUAUUUGCCUAUUCCAGCCAAAGUUGAUAACCAGAAUGGUGAUUUGUCAUGCAAGAAUUCAUCGACAAAGCUAAACCAAGAAUCCAUAUGCGUUUUAUCAAGAGAAAUGGAUGUGAAUGGAAGGACUUCAAAGAUCCGAGAUGAAGGUGUGAUUCCUACAGUACAUGCAUUCAAUGCCCUUCGAGCCGCUUUUAAUGACACGAACCUGGCAACGGAUACAUCGGGCUUCUGUGCUGAGGCAUUGAUUAUUUCUAUACGUUCAUUCUCUUCUCCUUACUGGGAGGUGAGGAACAGUGCUUGCCUUGCAUACACUGCUUUGGUUCGUCGUAUGAUUGGAUUCCUUAAUGUACAAAAACGUGAAUCGGUACGGCGUGCACUGACUGGGCUCGAAUUUUUCCAUAGGUAUCCAGCGUUGCAUCCUUUCCUGUCCAGCGAACUGAAGAUUGCAACUGAAUCUCUUGGGGAUGGAUGCUCACAUCAUUCAGAAUCUAACAUGGCGAAAGUUGUGCAUCCAAGCCUAUGCCCUGUGCUAAUUCUUUUAUCCAGACUCAAGCCUUCCACAAUCAGUAGUGAAACAGCAGAUGCUUUGGAUCCCUUUGUAUUCAUGCCCUUCAUUACCAGAUGUGCAACUCAAAGUAAUCUCCGGGUUCGUGUUCUUGCAUCGAGAGCUCUAACGGGUUUGGUAUCUAAUGAGAAACUGCAGACUGUUCUACACUUUAUUGCUUGCCGGUUGCCUCAUGGAAGGAAUCAGAUGGCAAGUCAGGAAGCCAGUAGCUCUAUUUCUUUUAGCUCGGCUGAAAUGAGCAAUGGUGUUGACAACGAAAUGCCUCGCUUGGCUUCUUUCAACUCCAUUCAUGGAAUAUUAUUGCAGUUAUGUGUGCUUCUCGAUAUCAACUGCAGGAACUUGGCUGAUGUCUCCAAGAAAGAAUGGAUUAUUGGGGAAUUGACCAAGGUACUAAUGAAAUGUUCAUGGAUUGGCAGCCCCAAAUCAUGCCCUUGUCCCACCCUCAAUUGCUCGUAUUUACAGGUAUUGGAUCACAUGCUCAGUAUCACAAGAACAUGUGAGAGUGGCAGACAUGUUACGACCGUCCGAUGCCUGCUGCAGGAGUUAUCAUCUCAAUGCUUGGACAUAGACGUUUCUUGUCAGGCAGUAUUCUACGAUCCAACGAAGGUGGAACUUCGCAGGCAGGCAGCUGCUUCCUAUUUCAAUUGCAUGUUCAGUGGAUCUCCAGAAACAGCUGGAGAAGGUUUACUGUUGCAGGCUCAUAUCCGACCUGCUUUAAAUUUGUCAAGCAUGCCUGAAUCCGAGUGUUCUGUUGUUGGACUUCAGGAAAGAUUGGUGUUCUGCCUUUCUGAUGCUUCAUAUGAAAUUCGACUUGCCACAUUGAAAUGGUUGCUUCGGUUCCUUAAAUCAACUGAAUGCGAUGGAAAUGACCACCAAUCUGGAAAUGAUGCUGACAUUAUUCACAUGUGGGCUAAGACCACUCUGCAACCUACACUGAUGCAGCUCUUAGCUAUUGAGGAGAACCCUAAAUGUUCUUAUUACAUUCUUAGGAUCCUCUUCUCUUGGAACUUGCUACAGUAUCAGAAACCAAGCAAUCUUCAAGGCAAAGACGUGAUCUACAUUGGCAGUAUGGACUGUAAUUCCGUGUUUCGCUUUUGGGGUAAGCUAAUUUCCUUGAACAAGGUUGCAACGCAUAUAAAGGCCCGCGAAACUCUCCUCUGCUGCAUGGGGAUAUGUGUAAAAUGGUUUGCUAAUUUAUAUACGAGUUUGGUACUUCUUGAUCGUCCAAAUGUGAGAGGUGACACAGCUGUUGAUUCUAGUGGGCUCGGUGGAUUGGAAAGGUGGGCCGACAUCUACGAAUGCAUUGAUUUGUUCAUUGGCCUAAUCAAGCAAAACAGUGCAUCCUCUGAGCCUGUGAACAUGCGAAAGGCAGCUGCAGAAUCCAUUGUAGCAUCUGGUCUGCUGGAAGAAGCUGUCUUGAUCAGGUCUCUUGUAUCUAAUAGCCAAAUCUCAUCUGAAGGACUCAGUAUCUUUGAAGAUGAUAAGAAGAUAUCCCAUUUUGAGCCAUCAAAAGCAGUCAAUUUGUAUGCUCGCCAAAUACUAGAUUUUUGGUUCACAUGUAUUAAGCUGUUAGAGGAUGAGGAUGUUGGGCUCAGACAAAGACUUGCUAUGGAUGUUCAAAGGUGUUUUGGUUCCAAAGGAUCUGCAAGAAGCCACGGUGCUGAUAUCGUUCCGACCCAAGUGGAGAAAGUGAUAGAAUCCAGCUUCGAAUUCCUGUCUUCAAUCUUUGGUCACUGGCUUGACUACUUUGAUUAUCUUUCAAGAUGGGUUUUCAAUACUGCGAGUUACAUGAUAGCUAGAGGGGAUCUGGUUCGACGGGUAUUUGACAAGGAGAUCGACAAUCACCAUGAAGAAAGACUGUUGAUUUGUCAAAUCUGUUGUUUUCACAUGGAGAAGAUUUCACUUUCCAAGUCGUGGACUGAUGGAUCAUCCGAAAAGAGUCUCAACAAACCGGACAUUCUAAUCUUUGUACAGAAAUGGAGAAUGAGAUUUCUUAACCAGUUGAUACUAUUCGCCAAUGACUAUAUCGAAACCGAGGGCGGGGUUGGUUGGAUUGGUGGAAUAGGUAACCAUAAAGAUGCAUUUUUAUCGCUGUAUGCGAGUUUGCUGGGCCUUUAUGCCCUCCGGUGCCCUAUCCCCGGCGAUUGUGAGUCCCCAAUUAAAACCGAGAUUCAUAAGCCUCUAUUAUCUGGUCUUGUGGAGCUUGGAAGAAUUAUUAGACCAUUUCUUAGGAACCCUUUAAUUUAUAACCUGUAUUGGUCAGUGAUUCAAUCAUAUGAGAAAAUGUUAGGUGCUGCCUUUAAUCCUUCAGACACAAAAUCCGAAGGAGAUUGCGCUGCCUGGGAAGGUUUUAAUCCUUAUUUUUUGAGGUAAGUUUACUUUUCUCCAAAAGGUGGUUUUUCUUCUUAUGGUACGAAGUUGUUGUUGUGCUGUGUUGAAUCUUCUUGACAUAGGUCAUUCUAGAGGAAUUGUAUGGUACAUUACCCA